AUGUUACUGCGGUCUAACGUCAGUAGAAGAGUACUAUUUUCCUCCAAAACUAUCACAAGAGCACCAAGGCUUCCCCUAACAAGAGUGACAACGAGAACGUAUGCGCACUCAUGGGACGGUAAGAAUCCUAAUGAAAAGGUGGAAGCACAUUUGAAAGUACAAAGAUUGAUGGAUGAUAUUCAUUCACAUCCCAAAGUCAUGGAGAAAUUAAACGUUGUUAGCGAGAUUAUGAUUUCGAAAGGUCUUGCUAAUGAGAAUCCUACGAAACCUCUGGGGCCUUGGCAAAUGAUGAAGAUUCUCAUGGAUAAGGAUCUAAAAGUGGCUAUGAAUGAUUUCAAGAGUGAGUUAGAGAAUGCUGGUAUCAAUUUGGGCCCCGAACAACUAGGCCCUUUGAUGACAGUACUGGGUAUCGAGAAGAAGAACAAGGAUGAAUGA